ACUUGGUUCAUCAUUAUAAAUAACUCCUUCAUUUAUUCGAGAUUACACUCAAAUAAAAAACAAAUGGCAACAUUGAGAUCAUUACUUGUUUCACUAUUAGUUCCAAUUCUUUUGCUCUCCAUCUCAUGGACGGCAACCUCUACAUUUUCAUCACCCAAUGAUAGAAAUAUUGUUGAAUGUCUUUUGAAAUAUUCUGAGCCUUCUCAUCCAAUUUCUAAUGCAAUUUUCACUCCAAACAAUGUUUCUUUUUCUUCCGUUUUGGAAACAUAUAUUCGAAACCUUCGAUUUAACAUGUCUUCAACUCCGAAACCGCUCUUUAUCGUUACUGCAUUGCAUGUAUCUCAUGUUCAAGCCUCCGUGGUUUGCGCUCGAAUCCAUGGAUUGCAAAUGAAAAUCCGAAGUGGAGGUCAUGAUUACGAGGGUAUUUCUUACGUCUCGGACGUCCCCUUUUUUGUCCUAGACAUGUUCAAUCUCCGGAAAAUCGAUGUGGAUAUUAAAUCCGAGACUGCAUGGGUUCAAACAGGAGCAACUCUUGGUGAAGUUUAUUAUAGGAUUGCUGAGAAAAGCAAUGUGCAUGGCUACCCGGCUGGUAUUUGCCCUACCGUCGGUGUUGGUGGGCAUUUGAGCGGCGCUGGCUACGGUAACAUGAUGCGGAAAUACGGUCUUACCGCCGAUAACAUCGUCGAUGCGGAAAUAGUUGAUGUCAAAGGAAGACUUCUUGAUAGAAAAUCCAUGGGAGAAGAUCUCUUUUGGGCUAUAAGAGGCGGAGGAGGAGCUAGUUUUGGAGUUGUAAUUUCAUACAAAAUUAACCUAGUUCGCGUUCCCAGGAUUGUAACCGUCUUUCGAGUUGAUCGAACCCUAGAACAAAACGCAACAGAUAUUGUCAAUCAAUGGCAACAAAUUGCAUACAAAAUUGAUGACAAUCUCUUCAUCAGGCUUACUUUAAAUGUCAUCAACGGAACUCGAACCAACGGAAAGACUAUUAGGGCUACAUUUCGAGCUUUAUUUCUUGGAGACUCAUCAACACUUGUUUCCAUCAUGAACAAAAACUUUUCCAAAUUAGGGUUGGUUCAAUCCGACUGUAUCGAAAUGAGUUGGGUCGAAUCCGUCUUGUUCUGGACAGAUUUUCGAGCCGGAACACCAACUACCGCUUUGCUCAGUAGAACACCUCAAUCACUAACCUACCUGAAAAGAAAAUCAGAUUAUGUAAAGAAAAUAAUUCCAAGAGAUGAGUUAGAGAAAAUUUGGCAGAAAAUGAUUGAACUUCAAGUUCCAUCAAUGACAUUCAAUCCUUAUGGUGGCAAAAUGGCUGAAAUUCCAUCAACAGAAAUUCCAUUUCCUCAUAGAGUUGGAAAUUUAUGGAAGAUUCAGUAUGCAACAAAUUGGAAUGAAGAUGGAACCGAAGCGGAAAAUCGUUACAUAAAUUUAACAAGGCAGCUCUAUAAUUUUAUGACUCCUUAUGUGUCAAAGAAUCCAAGGGAUUCAUUCCUUAAUUACAGAGAUCUUGAUUUGGGUAUUAAUCACAAUGAAGGUAAGAUUAAAAGCUACCAAGAAGGAAGAGUUUAUGGGAUAAAAUAUUUUAAAGAAAAUUUUGACAGAUUGGUUUAUGUCAAAACUAGGGUUGAUCCUGCAAAUUUCUUUAGAAAUGAACAAAGCAUCCCUACUUUUCCUUACUGGAAGAAGUAGAAAUGAUUUAUGUUUUCUAUGUAAGGAAUCAUAGGUUUACUUGUUUUAUAAUUUGCUAUUUUAUUGUUUUAUUGGGUAUAGGUAUAUAUUACUAUGUAUAUUGUGGCUGUGUUGGAUAAUUUAAUGUGUAUAUUGGGAAUAUUUGUCAUGUUCCAUAUUGUUGUAUUAAUAAUAAAUUGUUUUUCUAUUUCUACAUAUUGAUUUGUA